CCGCCGCCCCCCGCCCGCUCGCCCGCCCGCCCCGGCCGCGUCGGAGGGCCGGCAGCGGGGCUGGAUGUGCCCGGCUCCCCCCGCGCUGAGGUGGGCAGCGAUGCAGAAGGCAGGCGGCAGCUUCGCCUCCGCCGAGAGACACCCGCUCAAGAUGGCAGAUGUGUGUUGAGUUUGGGGGGCUGCGAUCUCGCGUCGUUCGUGGCGGCGUUGCCAUGAAUAACAGGCGUCCUUGCACCGAUGGCCCCCAUGUACGAAGGUAUGGCCUCGCAUGUGCAAGUUUUCUCUCCUCAUACCCUUCAGUCAAGUGCCUUCUGUAGCGUGAAGAAACUGAAAGUGGAGCCGAGUUCGAACUGGGAUAUGACUGGGUACGGCACACACAGCAAAGUCUACAACCAGGGCAAGAACGUGCAGUCCUCCCAAGCAGCCGCCGCAGCAGCCGUCAACGCCUCCCUCCAGAUCCCCAAUCCGAGCAUCCCUUACGAGCAGACCAUCAUCUUCCCAGCAAGCACGGGGCACAUCGUGGUUACAUCUGCCAACAGCACUUCUGGUGUGGUUGCAGUGUCUGGGCAAACACUGGGCGGGCCACACAACCUGAUGCGUCGCAGCACUGUGAGCCUUCUGGACACCUACCAAAAAUGUGGACUUAAGCGCAAGAGUGAGGAGAUUGAGAACACAAGCAGCGUGCAGAUUAUCGAGGAGCAUCCACCAAUGAUUCAGAACAAUGCCAGUGGGGCCACUGUAGCCACCGCCACCACCUCCACGGCCACUUCCAAAAACAGUGGCUCCAACAGUGAAGGGGAUUACCAGCUGGUGCAACAUGAGGUGCUCUGUUCCAUGACCAACACAUACGAAGUGUUAGAGUUUCUUGGCCGUGGAACCUUCGGACAAGUAGUCAAAUGCUGGAAACGUGGCACUAAUGAGAUUGUGGCUAUCAAGAUCCUAAAAAACCACCCUUCUUAUGCCCGGCAAGGCCAGAUUGAAGUGAGCAUCCUGGCUCGGUUGAGCACGGAAAGCGCGGAUGACUACAACUUUGUCCGUGCUUAUGAAUGCUUCCAGCACAAGAAUCACACAUGCUUGGUAUUUGAAAUGUUGGAGCAGAACCUCUAUGAUUUCUUAAAACAAAAUAAAUUCAGUCCCUUGCCCCUUAAGUACAUUCGACCAAUUCUCCAGCAGGUAGCAACUGCCCUAAUGAAGCUGAAAAGCCUGGGACUGAUUCAUGCUGAUCUCAAACCAGAGAACAUCAUGCUGGUAGACCCAUCCCGACAGCCAUAUAGGGUCAAGGUCAUAGACUUUGGUUCAGCUAGCCAUGUGUCUAAGGCUGUGUGUUCUACUUACCUUCAAUCCAGAUACUACAGAGCCCCUGAAAUCAUCCUUGGUUUACCCUUUUGUGAAGCAAUCGAUAUGUGGUCAUUGGGAUGUGUCAUUGCAGAGCUGUUCUUGGGCUGGCCCUUGUACCCAGGAGCUUCAGAGUACGAUCAGAUUCGCUACAUUUCACAGACGCAGGGCUUACCAGCAGAGUAUUUGUUAAGUGCAGGGACAAAGACAACGAGGUUUUUCAACAGGGAUACAGACUCACCGUAUCCCUUGUGGAGGCUGAAGACACCAGAUGAUCAUGAGGCAGAGACGGGGAUUAAGUCAAAGGAAGCAAGAAAGUAUAUUUUCAACUGUUUGGAUGAUAUGGCACAGGUAAACAUGACAACGGAUUUGGAAGGAAGUGAUAUGUUGGUGGAAAAGGCAGACCGGCGGGAGUUCAUAGAUCUGUUAAAGAAGAUGUUGACGAUAGAUGCAGAUAAGAGGAUAACACCCAUUGAAACUCUGAGCCACCCUUUUGUCACCAUGACACACUUGCUCGACUUCCCUCACAGCACACAUGUCAAGUCCUGCUUCCAGAACAUGGAGAUUUGCAAGCGGCGGGUGAAUAUGUACGACACGGUGAACCAGAGCAAGACACCAUUCAUCACCCACGUAGCCCCAAGUACAUCGACCAACCUGACCAUGACUUUUAACAACCAGCUCAACACAGUCCACAACCAGACCACCAACCUGGCUCCCACCUCCUCCAGUGCCACUAUUUCCUUAGCCAACCCCGAGGUCUCCAUACUAAAUUACCAAUCUGCACUCUACCAGCCCUCAGCGGCGUCCAUGGCUGCGGUGGCCCAGCGGAGCAUGCCCCUGCAGACAGGAACAGCGCAGAUCUGUGCCCGGCCAGACCCCUUACAGCAAGCCCUCAUUGUCUGCCCACCAGGCUUCCAAGGGUUGCAAGCCUCCCCUUCGAAGCACGCUGGGUACUCGGUUCGGAUGGAGAAUGCCGUUCCCAUUGUCACUCAGGCUCCUGGGGCCCAGCCUCUUCAGAUCCAGCCAGGACUCCUCGCACAGCAAGCAUGGCCCAGUGGCACUCAGCAGAUCCUGCUCCCUCCUGCCUGGCAGCAGCUGACGGGGGUGGCCACCCACACUUCUGUCCAGCACGCGACCGUCAUCCCGGAGUCCAUGGCAGGAACCCAACCGCUGGCAGACUGGAGGAACACGCAUGCCCACGGCAGCCACUACAACCCCAUCAUGCAGCAGCCCACGCUGCUGGCCAGCCACGUGGCCCUGCCUGCCGCCCAGCCCGUCAACGUGGGCGUUGCUCAUGUCAUGCGCCAGCCACCUGCCACUGCGUCCACCAGGAAGAGCAAGCAGCACCAGUCAGCUCCACGCAAUGCAUCCACCUAUGAAGUUUCAUCCUCCCAGUCCAUCAGCUCGCCCCAGCGGUCAAAACGAGUGAAGGAGAACACCCCUCCCCGCUGUGCCAUGGUGCACAACAGCCCUGCCUGUAGCACCUCGGUUACGUGUGGCUGGGGCGACGUGGGCAGCAGCAGCACGCGGGAGCGGCAGCGGCAGACCAUCGUCAUCCCCGACACCCCCAGCCCCGCCGUCAGCGUCAUCACCAUCAGCAGCGACACGGACGAAGAGGAAGAGCAGAAGCAUGCACCCACCAGCACCUUGUCCAAGCAAAGGAAGAAUGUCAUCAGCUGUGUCACCGUGCAUGACUCCCCCUACUCUGAUUCCUCCAGCAACAACAGCCCUUACGCCGUGCAACAUCGCACAGGGCAGAAUAAUGGGAACAGCUACGACACCAAAGGGGUUCCAGAGACUCACUGCAGUGGGAACCCCCGAACAAUCAUCGUGCCACCACUGAAAACCCAGGCCAGUGAGGUGUUGGUAGAGUGCGAUAGCCUGGCACCAGUCACCACCAGUCACCACUCAUCCUCCUACAAGUCCAAGUCCUCCAGCACCGUGACCUCCACCAGCGGUCACUCUUCAGGGAGCUCGUCUGGAGCCGUUGCCUAUAGGCAGCAGCGACCAGGAGCACAUUUCCAGCAGCAGCAGCCUCUAAAUCUAAGUCAGGGCCAGCAGCACAUCUCGACUGACCGCACAGGGAGUCACCGGAGGCAGCAAGCCUACAUCACUCCAACGAUAGCUCAGGCCCCGUACUCCUUCCCGCACAAUAGCCCCAGCCACGGUACGGUUCAUCCCCACCUGGCCGCGGCUGCCGCUGCUCACCUGCCCACCCAGCCCCACCUGUACACAUACACCGCCCCCGCCGCCCUGGGCUCCACGGGCACCGUCGCGCACCUGGUGGCCUCGCAAGGCUCCGCCCGGCACGCGGUGCAGCACACCACCUACCCCGCCAGCAUCGUCCACCAGGUUCCCGUCAGCAUGGGCCCACGCGUCCUACCCUCGCCCACCAUCCACCCAAGUCAGUACCAGGCUCAGUUUGCCCAUCAGACCUAUAUCAGUGCUUCUCCAGCCUCCACAGUCUACACUGGAUACCCACUGAGCCCCACCAAGGUCAACCAGUACCCUUACAUCUAAACACUGGAAUAAAGAGCAAGAGACGCACCCAGCCCGGGGGGAGUGAGGCAGCCGCUUUUGUAUUGAAGAACAUGAGAAACUAACAAUGCAAUGGGAGGCUCGUGUGAAACUUGAAUGAAGGGGACUUUAGGAAGAAAAGAAAAAGAGGAAAGAAGGGGGAAAACCAAUUCUACAGUUUUUAUUUAAAAAAAAAAAAAAAUAAAAUGGAAAAAAAGAACAGAAAAAAAAAUAAACCACAAAAAAAACCAACCAUUCUGCACCAAACUAGAGAGAAAGAGAGAAGGAGAAGGACCCUCCAGCGGGUCCUGUCUUUUGAAGAACUUCACCAACAGACUUUUAAAGGUUAUUUUCAUCCAAUAGUGAGCUACAUUUAGAAAUUUGUUGUCCAGAACACCUAAAAUGAAAUCCAUUAGGUUUUUAAUCCUGUAGGUAUAUGGAUUAGGGAUUUAUCCAGCAUUUCAAAGGGUUUAUAGAGUAGCUUUUGUAUCCCAGAGUAUACAUAGGUUUGGGGGGAUUUUUAAUGGAAAAAGAAAGUGGGUAAGGGACGCUGGGGGUGGAGGACAAAACGUUGUCCCAGUGCUCUAAAUUUGGGCCUAACAAUGCUACACUUAAACACACCUGGGCAAAACAGGCCAUGCAGCACUGGUUGAGAGCAGAAGCAAUGGGGGUGUUUCUCCCUCUUCUUGAACUCACUGGAUAAAUCCCUGAGAAAUGGUAUUCCUAAACAAGAUCUCUAAUAAUGGAUGUUGGAUUUCAGUUGCAUUUUUUUUUAGGUUUGUUUUGUUUUGUUUUUUUUGGAAGUGUUCCUUUUCAAUCCCUAGCCAUUUUAGUAUAGGAGGAGACAUUUUAGCUGCCCCAACUCCCUGCCCCCAGCCCCGGUAGAAUGUAGCACUAUACAGGUCAUACCCCUUUUUACUCUUUUGUGUUGAACUUCAACGAUACCAAUAGACUAUUCCUCAAUGUGAUUGCACAAAGAAAAGUGAUAUAACAUAGGCAUGUAACAAUGUGAUUGUCCAGGUAUGUGUGUGUGUGUGUGAGUGCAGAUGCUGCCUUCUCUCUGUGAUGUGUUCCUCGGCACAGCCAUUACAACUGUCACAGUCUUAGUUUUACAUCAUUCCCUCGUAGUGCCUUACCAAACUACAGACGCGGUUUAAGGGUUUACUUCCACUGGUACUCCUAGAAACUGA